CAAGGACAACAUACGCACAGUACCUACAGAUAAAAAGGAUGGCUUCUAAACCAGGAAUCCUGACGGACUGGCCUUGGAAGCGUCUAGGGAAUUUUAAGUACUUGAUAUUGGCUCCAUGGGUGGUGCAUAGCGUGUACUCCUUCUGCGUAAAAGGAGAGAAGGAAAGGGACGUCACCAACUUGUUAGUGUUCCCUUUUCUCCUCACAAGAUUUCUUCAUCACCAAAUCUGGAUUACUGUUUCUCGAUAUUGGACUGCAAAAGGCGAUAACAAGAUUGUCGAGAAGCCGAUUGAGUUCGACCAAGUCGACAGAGAAAGCAACUGGGAUGACCAAAUCAUAUUGACGGGGCUAGGGUAUUACAUAGUGAACAAGACACUGGCAGGGGCAAGUCGGUUGCCGAUUUGGAAUACAAACGGAGUUGUAAUUACAGCUUCAUUGCAUGCUGGUCCUGUUGAGUUUCUCUACUACUGGCUGCAUCGAGCACUUCACCAUCAUUUUCUAUACUCUCGCUACCAUUCUCAUCAUCAUUCUUCUAUCGUCACUCAGCCCGUUACAGCUAUUAUCCAUCCAUUUGCAGAACAUGUAAUGUAUUACAUUCUGUUUGCAAUCCCCUUAAUGACAUCGGUGUUGAGUGGAACGGCGUGCAUGGUGUCGGUUUUCGGAUACGUGACCUACAUUGAUUUCAUGAACAACAUGGGACACUGCAAUGUCGAGAUCGUUCCCAACUCUCUCUUCUCCUUCUUUCCACUUCUCAAGUACCUCAUGUACACACCCUCAUUUCACUCCCUUCAUCACAACCAAUUUCGGACAAACUACUCCCUCUUCAUGCCCAUGUACGAUUACCUAUAUGGCACGGCCGAUAGGUCCUCGGAUUUUACCUAUCGAGCUUCAUUACAAAAGCGACAAGACUCACCAGAUGUGGUCCACUUAUCGCAUCUCACAACACCAAACUCCAUUUACCAUAUGCGUCUUGGAUUUAUUUCCCUUGCCUCUAAACCUCUCUCCUCCCAAGCCUUACUCUUCCUUUUAUGGCCCAUCACUAUACUCUUCAACUUCAUUUUCAAUCGUGCUUUUCUUUUAGAGACCAACACCUUCCACAACCUCAAAUUGCAGUCUUGGCUAAUACCCAGAUACAAAAAACAGUAUUUAUUACAAGGACAUAGACAAGAUAUUAAUACCAUGAUUGAAGAAGCUAUAUUAGAUGCAGACAGUAAAGGGGUUACGGUGUUAAGUUUAGGUCUCUUCAACCAGAGUGAUGAAUUGAACAAAAAUGGAGAGAUAUACAUUCAAAAGCAUCCACAUUUGAAAAUAAAGAUGAUCGAUGGAACUAGUCUAGCAGCAGCAGUUGUGCUUAAUAGCAUACCGAAAGGAACAACUCGCGUGCUCCUUGCAGGCAAGCUCACAAAAGUUGCUUGUGCAGUUGCCUCCAAUUUAUGCCGAAAGGGAAUACAGGUUGCAUCGUUGGAUGAGCAAGAUUAUAUCAAGUUUAAGCUCAGUAAAAAGUUUGGGUCUAAUUUGGUCUUUGCAACGACUUAUGAUGAUCAUUUGGUAUGGUUGGUGGGAGAUGGAAUAAGCAAAAAAGAACAAAUGAAGGCAGCCAAAGGAACAUUAUUCAUUCCUUUCUCUCAGCUCCCAACAGAAAAAUUACGCAGAGAUUGUCACUACCAUAGCACACCUGCCAUGAUGACACCUAACUCGCUUCUUAAUCUCCACUCCUGCGAGAACUGGCUGCCAAGAAGGGCAAUGAGUGCAUGGCGAGUGGCUGGAAUAAUUCACGCUUUAGAAGAAUGGAAGGUCCAUGAGUGCGGGGAUUCGGUGUUUAACAUUGAC